GCAGCGUCGAGACGACGCGUGAUGACGUCACAAGUAGCGCAGGAAGUAAUGGGUGUUAAAACCUGGGACGCCGUACAAGGAAACGUUCCAGCGACAAUGACACCUGAGUUCCCGUCGGUGGAGGCGACGGCGGCGGGCGGAGAGAUGAACGUCUGAGUUUCGGUAACUCCAUUCCUCCGUCCUCCAUGCCCGCACCUGCAGACGCGGCUCAACCGGAGCACAAUGAGCCCAUGAACGGUCUGCGCAUCUCCGUCGGAGGCCUCCCCAUGCUGGCGACCAUGGGCAAAACCACGGACCCUCGUUUCCGCCUCAAGUGGCGGCCCAUCGUGGUGGCGGCCGUCUCGAUGGCGUCGAUCCUGCUGCUCCUCAUGCACUUGAACUCGAGCCUCCGGCCCCGCUCCUACGGCUCCGGCAGCUGGAAGGCGGGCCACGGCGACGCCCGCCGGCCCGUCUCCCGUUACAACGACACCUACCCGCUCAGUCCGCCCGAACGCACUCCGCGGGGCACCCGCUUCCGCAUCGCCGUCAUCGCCGACCUGGACACCAACUCCCGUCGCGAGAAAACGCUGACGUGGUUCAGCUACAUGCGGCGCGGGUACCUUCUGGUGUCGGAGAGCGGCGACAAGGUGUCGGUGGAAUGGGACGCGGAGAGGACGGUGUUGGAGAGUCACCUGGCCGAGAAGGGGCGGGGCAUGGAGCUGUCUGAACUGGUGGUGUUCAACGGGAAGCUUUACAGCGUGGACGACCGCACGGGAAUCGUGUACCACAUCGACAGCGACAAGGUCGUACCCUGGGUCAUCCUUCCCGAUGGCGACGGAAACGUAGCCAAAGGGUUCAAAGCGGAGUGGAUGGCGGUGAAGGACGAGCACCUGUACGUGGGCGGCCUGGGGAAGGAAUGGACCACCACGUCCGGGGAAUUUGUCAACAACAACCCCGAGUGGGUGAAGGUGGUGGGCUUCCGCGGGGACGUGGAACACCAGGACUGGGUCCCCGUGUACAAGUCGCUCAAGUCUGCAGCGGAAAUAGAACCUCCAGGUUACCUCAUUCACGAGUCGGCGGCGUGGAGCGACACGCUACAACGCUGGUUCUUCCUCCCCCGCCGAGCCAGCAAGGAGCGCUACGAGGAGAUGGCGGACGAGCGUCGGGGCACCAAUCUCGUCCUCAGCUGCUCGUCGGACUUCAAAGACAUGACCGCCACCCGGGUGGGGCCGCUGGACCCCACCCACGGCUUCUCCUCGUUCAAAUUUGUGCCCAACACGGACGACCAGAUCAUCCUGGCCCUCAAGUCGGAGGAAGACGCCGGGAAAAUCGCCACAUACAUCACGGCCUUCACGCUGGACGGACGAGUUCUUCUACCGGAGACCAAGAUCGGGGACGUCAAAUACGAAGGCUUGGAGUUCAUCUAGAAGCCGCACUGUUGUUUACACUCUGCUUCCUGUUUGCGAAAAGGACGGCCUUAAUGAUCAACGGCAAUGUUUUCCUGCUGGAGGACACAACCCCAGCAGAAGCAAGCGUAGCAAAAACUGAAUGACCUCCUCUCCAGGACCGCACUGUCUUCUCCUGAUCAUGAAUGUCAAAGUCACUGAUUUAGUUUUCCUCCAGCACAUACUGUACAGUCUCUUAUGUUCCUCUUUGCUCCGCCAUUAAAACGCCAUCUUUCU